CGAUUGGAAAAUUCGUUGGAUGUUUUAUAUUAAGAAUUGUUUGAACAAUUUUGUCGUGUUUCCUUAUAUUCUCAUGAUUUAAAAUUACAGCAAAAAUUAGUAUAAAAUAAGUCUUUAUUAGACUGAAAAAUUAAAAAUUAAUCAAGACUUAAGUUAGCGGAAACUAGCAUAGAAGUUAUAUAUACAAAUUUAUGGAUGUGUAUGUAUGAUUUACUCGAUUUUAGUUGAAAAAAAAUUGUUGCUGACGCCGAAACAAAAUUUAUAUGCUUCAAUACGCUGCUUAGGAGCUUAUGAGCUUUUUAUACACAGUGACUAAUACAAGUGAAUGAUUGGAAUCACAAUAUUUGUUAAUUAAAAAGGUCAACAAUUUAAUGAAAUGGAAAAUACGGGUCGGCGACGCAACACACCAAAAGUCAAUGCAGAAGAUAAUGCAUUAGAUCAAAUAACAAAAGAGGCCGAAGCCCGUCUUGCAGCGCGCCGACAAGCACGCGCCGAAGCCCGUGAAAUACGUAUGAGAGAGCUGGAGCGUCAGCAAAAGGAACAGGAACUCAACGCUGACCGAGUAUUUGAUUUACAAAACAUAAGCGGAGGAAAUAUUGUCAUAGAUACCCAUUCGACUAAUUCUCCACGGCUCAUAUAUGGUGGUCUACUUAAUGCCAACCGUACUUCAGCAUCUCGUCGUAGCAGUGAAGACUCUUUGGAAGACGACGGAAGAAGUUUUCGCGACUUUAAAAACGAGCUUAAAGACGUUGAAGAGCGCUUUAGAAAAGCCAUGAUAACAAAUGCGCAGUUAGAAAAUGACCGUGCAUCACAAGCCUUUGAGGUUAAGCUACUGAAGGACAAAUGCGAAAUAAUACAAGAGUCUUAUGUACAAUUGCAACGUGAAUUCAAAGAGAAGUUACGUGACUGUAAUAUGAUUAAACGAAAUUUGGACCGUGCAACUAUAGAGCUUAACUUGGUCCAAGGGCAGUUAAAUGAACGUGAUCUAUUAAUAUCGGAACAAGGUCUUAUUAUUGUAGCAAUUGAAAAUUCUGAUGGCAGCGACGCCAAACGAGCUCUUGUCAGUAUUGAAAACGCCAAUGUGUUAGCGUCUGUUCAAGGUUCUUUAGAUGAAAGACUUAAAAAAUUUAGUACUGAAAAACAGCAACUACUGUCUGAGGUGCACAUGCUUCACCAACAACUUGACCAACAUAAAAGCGGCGUUAUGGUUAGAACAGGCUUUACCCAUGGUGUUGAAGAAGAUUAUGAGACCCAAAGAGAGUCUAACAAAAUCAUAGCUGAUUAUAAAUACAAGCUGCAUAAGGCUGAACAAGAGGUAGCAAAUUUACAAUCGAGCUUAGCACGCUCAGAAUCGCAAGUAAUACGAUACAAAAGUACAACAGAAGCCGCCGAAAAAGUUGAAGCAGAGCUUAAAAUUGAACGUCGUAAGCUACAGCGGGAGCAUCGGGAAAUUUUAGAACGAUUGGAAGAAGCAGAAACUGCUAAUAAUCACUUACUUAAGCGGCUGGACAAAUUAAAAAAUGCUAAGAGUGCAAUUUUAAAGGAUUUAUAAACUUAAUAAGCACAGUUCAAAUGGCACAAUGAUUCAACCGUUGACAUCACAAGAACCUUCUCAUCAAGAAUUGAAACGUCGCGAUUAAAUAAUAUUGACCCUUGUUUUAAAAUGUGUGUGUUUUGAAUACUCUGAUGCCUAAAUCGAAGUACCAUAAAAAUAAAAGAUUUUGAAGCGCUA